CCACUACUCCCCCAUCCACCUCCUCUCCAUUCAAUUGAAGGAGUAGCUGUGACACUCAUCUCCUCUCUUUUCCUUGACACCAAAAUCGUGGGACCAGCCAUGUACAGAAUCGCUCUCAAGCAGUCGUCCCGGGCGGUCGGCGCCGUCGCAAUCUCGAGCAGAGUGGCACGAAAUGCUGCUCCAGCUAUCGUCAACACAGCAUCGAGACAAGUCCGAAGCUAUGCAGCUGAUGCCAAACCUUCGCCUACCGAAGUCUCGUCCAUUCUGGAACAACGAAUUCGUGGUGUACAAGAGGAGGCUGGCCUUGCAGAGACCGGCCGAGUGCUUUCCGUUGGUGACGGAAUUGCCCGUGUGCACGGAAUGAGCAAUGUGCAAGCUGAGGAGCUUGUUGAGUUCGCAUCUGGCGUCAAGGGCAUGUGCAUGAACUUGGAAGCUGGUCAGGUCGGUGUUGUGCUCUUCGGUUCUGAUCGUUUGGUCAAGGAAGGAGAGACUGUCAAGCGUACCGGAGAAAUUGUUGAUGUUCCGGUCGGAAUUGAGAUGCUUGGCCGUGUCGUUGAUGCUCUCGGAAACCCCAUCGACGGCAAGGGACCAAUUAAGACCACUGAGAAGCGUCGUGCUCAAUUGAAAGCCCCUGGUAUCCUUCCUCGACGAUCCGUCAACCAGCCCGUCCAGACUGGUCUCAAGUCUGUCGAUGCCAUGGUGCCAAUUGGACGUGGUCAACGUGAAUUGAUUAUCGGUGAUCGUCAAACUGGAAAGACCGCUGUUGCUCUCGACGCCAUGCUUAACCAAAAGCGAUGGAAUGACGGAAACGACGAGACCAAGAAGCUCUACUGCGUGUACGUCGCUGUCGGACAAAAGCGAUCGACUGUUGCCCAGCUCGUCAAGACUCUUGAGGAGAACGAUGCCAUGAAGUACUCAAUUGUCGUUGCUGCUACUGCUUCGGAAGCCGCUCCUCUCCAAUAUAUUGCUCCUUUCACCGGAUGCUCUAUGGGUGAGUGGUUCAGAGAUAACGGCAAGCACGCAGUAAUAAUCUUUGAUGAUCUUUCAAAGCAAGCUGUUGCGUACCGUCAAAUGUCCCUCCUUCUCCGUCGUCCUCCCGGACGUGAAGCUUACCCCGGUGACGUUUUCUACCUCCACUCUCGUCUCCUCGAGCGUGCUGCCAAGAUGAACGACAAGCACGGUGGUGGAUCCUUGACUGCUCUCCCCAUCAUUGAGACCCAAGGUGGUGAUGUGUCAGCUUAUAUCCCAACCAACGUUAUUUCCAUCACCGACGGACAAAUCUUCUUGGAAGCCGAACUUUUCUACAAGGGUGUUCGACCAGCCAUUAACGUCGGUCUCUCUGUGUCUCGUGUCGGUUCCGCUGCCCAACUUAAGGCAAUGAAGCAAGUCGCUGGUUCCCUGAAGCUCUUCUUGGCUCAAUACCGUGAGGUCGCCGCUUUCGCUCAAUUCGGUUCCGAUUUGGAUGCUGCUACCAAGCAAACUCUUAACCGUGGUGAACGUUUGACCGAACUCCUCAAGCAAAAGCAAUACUCACCGAUGGCCGUCAACGAAAUGGUUCCCCUUAUCUACGCUGGUGUCAAUGGUCACCUCGAUUCCGUCCCUGUCAACAAGAUCCUGCAAUGGGAGGCCGACUUUAUCUCACACUUGAAGACCAACGAGUCGGAUCUGUUGGCUACAAUUGACAAGGAGGGUGCAUUGAGCAAGGACCUUGAGGCUAAACUGAAGGAUGUGGUUACCACCUUCACGAAGAGCUUCAACUAAAAGAACAAAUAUGCUAAUGGCGAAUGCUGCUCCAUCUAUCUCUUUCUCUUUUGUUCUGGCAUGUGGUUGGCGGAUGUGUAUUGACCGUGGUGGAGGAUGGCCGAAGAAAGGAGAGAAGGUUGAAGAUAGAGGCUGUAAAAUAGAUGAUCGUCAAGUUUUCUUUGAAUGUGUGAUCUUUAUGAUUUCCA